CCGAUCGAGCUCAAACUUUUACCACAGAUAUUUCAGACCCUAUCUCAGGUUCUAAAUUUUUUUUCCCGAAAAAUAUGCUUUCCUUCUCAAGAUAUACGAAAAAUGCUGAAAGGCAGUAAAAAAAGCUGACUUUUUUUGCGUGAUUUUCAGCAUUUUUUCGAGGAGUCGUCAUGUGACUGGAUGAAAACUGGAGUUUUCCAGGAAACUCAUAUAAGAACAUCUCAGAAAAUUCUGGGUAAAAAUACAUCCAUUUUCUUUUUCGAUGUUCUAUCUCUGGUAUAAAUUUGAGCUCAAUCGGAUGUGUUCCGCACUUGGCAACAAGGUGAAAAAAGAGGGCGGGGAGUACUCUUAAGCACGGUGAAGUUUGAGAUGUAUUGUUGUCAGUAGAUAUACUGGAACAUUCCACACACCAGUUUUAAAAUACAUGCGAGGCAUCAGCAGACAUGUGCACUGAUAACAAAUGUUCGCCGGCGAUGGCGCCUAAUUCCAUAACUUUUUUUCGCCUUCGGCGGCGAUACAAACUUUUCACUCACGCCGGUGAGUGAAAAAUCUCGAAAUGAAGGGCUAAAUUUGUUUUCUUCACAGAGCUACUAUGUUUUCGAAAAAACGCUACUUGCCGCUGUUUUUUUUCAAGCGCUGAAUGCAACAGUUUCACCAUAUGAGAAAAGAAAAUAGACAUUCUGUCAAUGGAAGAGAAAGUUAAAAAAUCUUUCUUAAUCUUUUAUAAGUAUCAAAUAAUUGUUAUGAAUUGAAUUUUGUCUCCUUCAUCGUAUCCAAAUCCUACACACCUUACGUUGAAUAUCAGUCUCAUUAUGCUGAACAACUUGAGGCGUUUUCUCGUUCCUAUCAAACGUCGGUUACCACAGUUGUCACCGAUGGCGCUUAACCUCAAAAGUUUUUUCUGCCUUCGGCGGAAGCGAAUCGGUGUGGCGGCGCACAUGUCUGGGUAUAAGUGAGCAGAAUGAGCAUACAAAAUCUUUCUCUUUUACUAGAUUAAGGCUUAAACAUUCUCGGCUUAUAUUUGAUGAAGUUCGAUAUCAUUCGGUUCAAUGAUCAUCUCGUUAUAAUGAUCACACAAGAAGUGAAUGAAUAUACACAUCUCGUGACUGCGCCCUCUACAAUAUUUGAACUCGAAUCACAAAUGCAACUUCGUUUACGACGGAAGGUGGUUGAUUGAAGUUUUUGGUCUCUCACGUCGUAGUUAAACUUUUCUUUCAGCCACUGACUUGGAUUUUAGCUGAAAUUCUGUCGGGAGUAUAUUACGUAGUCGACGAUACCGACACGUUAAAAGACAAUGGAACAAGUAACAAAUCAUAUUACGCGGUAAAUUACGGUAGUUACUGCACGUUUUCAGAGAAAAAAAACAACAGUCAGUCAGACUAUACCAUAUACCAUGCGUUUCAAAAUUUUACUACUGUAACUCUUACGUUUAUAUUACGUCUUUUACAGAAAAAUUCUGCCGAGCCUUAUUUUAUUUACUAACAUUACACAGGUACUGUCAAAAUCUUCGGAUCCAUUAAUUAGAAAAUCCAGAGAGAAAAUGAUCGUACCAUUUGUUUGCUACAGUCAGUUUUCUCUUUCACCCAGCACUGUAUUUUUGACAAGAAGGAAGUAGAGGAGAAAAGAGUCGAUCGGACAUUGCUUUUUGACGUUUGCUUCCCUUGAAUUUGCUUAAAAGUUUUUUUUCUCCAGCAUUUGUCGUGUUAGUAAGGUGAAAAAAUCAACCGGAGUACUUUCUUGAGUAAUGCAAGGACACAUUGAGGAAAACUUAUGCAUUUAUUACUUUUUUUGUGUCAUAGUAAAUGCAAAUAAUAGAUUGAGGAAAAAAACGUUUGUUGUGAAAUAAGUAGAACAUUCUUUUUCUCUUUCUCUUUAACAAAUUAAGUACGUCAACGUAUAUUUGUCCGUCUAAAUAGAUUAUAUUUUUACCAUUCAGUGUGUCGCUCCCAACUAAAAACGCGAGCCUCUCAAAACUUUUUGUGUUCUCUUAUUUCUUUUCUUGAGGUAAAGAACGUCCACUCUGUUCUUUUUUCAAAAUUUUGUUAUUAUAUUUCUUUGUGUCCAUUGUCUUCUGAAGAGAAAAGAAUAAGUAUGCAAAGAUUAAAUGUAGAACGCACUUCGAUGGUAGUGCAUACAAACGAAUCUAUCGGAAGUAGAAAAUUUUCAUUUUUCGCUAGCAAACUAACUUUUGGACCUUUUUUCUCACACACACACUAGAAUUUGUUUUGGCGUUUUUUGGGCACCUACCAAAAAAAAGUUUUUGGGCCCGCACACUUCUUGCUCUGUGUGUAUAAGAGCGAUCUAUUGAAGUUGAACCCAAAUAAGUAGCACUUAUGUGUGAAAGUGUGGGAAACAGUUAUAAUGGCUUCUUUGUCUAAUUCCUAUCAACCUUUUUAUUAUUGAUGUCAGUGCAACAGGAAGGUGUAAAAGUGAUAAAGAAGAAGACAGUCACACUGUGCGGUCUCUCGAUGUAUUUCGUAUGCAUAAUUGAUUAAUAGUUUAGUAAGCUCUUACAUUUAAAACACGAGAUGCUCAUAUCUGGAGAGAACGUAUUGCAUUUAGAGACGUUAGAGAUUUUGCCCUGUAUAAUCUGCUAUAUCCAAUAUUCACACAAUUUAGAUUUUCCAGAAGUUUUCCAAAAACGAUGGAUAAUGAGUAAGAAGAAAGAAAGAAAAUCUUAGAUCUUUCGAAUAUUGAGAAGGGCUGCACUCUCCCUUUAUCGUUACUAUAACGGGUAAUGUAAAUCCAUUACCUGUUACCAGUAACCGCAGUGAAAAUCCAUUGCUCUUGUUACUUCUGGAAAAGCAACGAGUAAACUAUUUUCUUGAUUUAGAUAACGCGUUAAUUCAUUUGUUAGCUCUGUGAUGCUUAUAGAAACAUUGAUUUAAAGGAUAGAUUUUUGUUAGUUCGGUGAUACAAGCACAUUCUAAUAUACAGAACUCGUGUUAACCACACAGCGUGGGAUUUCAGUCCAAGCAUGUGUUUUUUAAUAGGAGUGAUACGUACAGCAGCGUUUCCCAAUUUAUUUUAGCCAUGGAACCCUUUCAUAAAAUUUAAAACUUUGCGGAACCCCAGUAGUAUUUUGACAUAAUAUUUGACAAAAAUUAUUUAAGACUACGUAAUUUUUUUUAUGUCCUGAAAUUAAUUUUUAUCUUCUUAUUUUUUUCUGGCGGAACCCUUGGUUUCACUUCACGAAACCCCAAGGUUCCAUGGAACCCCAUUUGGGAAACGCUGCCGUAGAAACAUGAACCGUUUCAAAAAAAGAUAUCUUUCAUCAGUUAGAGAUGUUUAACAAAAUAAAUAAGGAGUUGUCGAAACAACAAAAAGAAUGUUUUAUUGUUACUUUACUUUUUAAAGUUUCCAUUAUACAUUAUCGUUACUGGUAACAAGUAACAAAUUUCCAUUGCACGUUAUUAGUAAGUAGUAACGAAAAAUCGUUACUUUUCAGAGUAAAGUAACGGGAACGUACCAUCUCUAAUGUUGAGCAAAAUACGGUACCUCAAUAGAACUAAGUGGAGAAAUGAAUUCUUAUUUUGGAAUUAUCCAUGAUUUGUGAUAUAAUGUUAGAAAUUUUUUUAUUUGGAAAUAAGGAUUAAUUAAUCGCAGCAGAAGUUUUUACUAAUUAAUAGAAACCAUGAUAGAUAAUCAAUUAUAGGUAGAGUCCAACAAUACAACCUGUUCUUUCUGCUGCAGCUUCUUUUCCAUCCGUACUCUGGAAAUAAUGAACAAUAAAAACCAAGCAAGCUGUCCCAAUAUCGGAGUCAUUCGUCAGUAUUCUUACUACGUUUUUGUUGGCAUACGAAAUAGUGAGGAUGCUCUAGGAAUAAUAACUUCACUUCCUCACUAAAAUCUGACAUUAAGCCAUCUAAGGUCGAAAUCUUCAGCUGCGUUAAUAGGCAGAGAGAGUUAAUUCAAAAACAAAGGCUGUAGAAGAAUGUUCUGCGUUCAUUUUUAAAAGAACGAGAGAUAGUAAUGAGACAACACAGAACGUGAGCAGCACCCCAUUCACAGAACACGACAAAAUUUAUGUAGAAGAUAUGAAGAAAACGUUAUCGUGUCUUGUCUUUUCUUGUUGUAUUAACAAUAUUCUCACAGGAUUUUCAAUUAUAAAGGUUGUUAUUGACUUUUACCAGUUUUAAUUUUUGUUUCAGUUAUACUUUGUAUUUUUAAGACAUUUUCUAUGAACAACAAGUUAGCUAUCAUCUGAUUACUCAUCGAGAGUUUUGUUUUUCUUUUCAGUCUUAAAUUAAAAAAAAACAUUCAUACUUUUGUAUGGUAUACGUAAAGCUUUGAGUUGAUAGAUCGAAUACGUACCUGAUAUGUCAUUCGUUGCGUUGGAACAAAGAUGUUUCUGUUUUCUUACAGUUUUAUUUAAUUGUAAUAAUCUCUUGCAUAUCAGCAUAUCUUCGCUUUUCCUCAAUCAUGUGUUGCUUUAAGAGUUGCGUUUUUUUGUGAUUUUUACAUAAUAAUUUUUUAUUUCAGAGUAGUUAGUAUUGUGCUUUUUUGUACGAUUUCCAUGUGUUAUUUUGAAUUUUAGGUAAUAAAAUGUCUUAUCGAAAUAACAAUACCAACGAAAACCUAGACGAGAAUCGUCAUCGGCAACAAUACUCCUCACGUUUUGUUUACAGUACAAAUCGAAAACAAAAUGUAUAUCGAGACGAUCAUCGUAAUAACGAUGAAGAAAAACAUUCAGACGGUGAUAAUUCAGAUAAUGAUCAUGAGUACAACAAUAAUCAUAAUGAGAAUGAACAAAAUGACGACAAUGAAGAUACACAAAAUCGUCGAGGACGUUUUCGGGGACGAGGAAGAGGGCGAGGCCGAUUUCGUGGUAUGCCAAUUUAUGGCUUUUACCGUUCAUUUCAACCCUAUAAUUAUUAUAUGAAUGCUCAGGGUGGUUAUCCUCCAACAUAUCGUUAUAAUUCAUAUUAUAAUUCAUAUUCAUCGUACCCUCCAUCUUAUUAUGGCUCUGAUUUUCAAUCUGGGUACGACUAUAAUAUGAAUCAAUAUGGUUAUGCUCCUCCAUUUUUUCGAGGUCGGGGACGUCGCGGUGGAUUUCGAGGACGUUCACGUGGUCGCGGAAAUAAUAACAAUCGUGAUACCGAUAAUGAAAAUGGAAAUGAACGUGCCGAUAAUGAUCGGCGAAGACGUCAACAAGGUGAUGAUGGUGAAGAGCACGUAGAGAAUGCUGAACAACAAGAUGGAAAUGAUGCAAACAACAGUGCAAAUGUUAAGCGGAAACGUCGAAAUUCAAGAAGAAAAAGAAAUAGUUCACGGCGUAAUACAAAUGCGUCACAAGGUGGAGAUGCAACUAGCGGCAAAGAAAAUGAUGACACACCCCCUAAAAAUUUAACUGAUGCUCAAAUUAUCAAAUCAGUUGUUCGUGGUAUGGUUAAUAAAGUAUCAAGAAGAGUUCGUCGACGAAGUCGACGUCAGAGUAGUGCACAAAAUGAUAAAGAUCAGAAUGCAACAGACGGUGAACAGACUAACGAAAAUGCCACUGAUACAAUUAAUGAACGUGGUGGUCGUGGAGGAAGAGGGCGUGGCGGAUUCCGAGGUGGAUUUCGAGGCGGCUUCCGUGGUAGAGGAGGUUAUUAUGGUCCAUAUUUUAGUGGAUAUCGUGGUUUUGGACGUUCUGGAAGACGAGGCGGAAGAGGUAGAGGUAGAGGUCGUGGACGCGGCGGCAUAAAUCAACAAGAUGACAAUAAUGAUGGUGGGUUAUUAGUAAAUCAUCGAUUAACUUAUCAUAAUUGA